AUGGAUAGAAUAUUUGAUCACAGCAACCUGUGCUAUUGGACCUUUCCAGGUGUGAUGGGUGGUUUUCUUGACAGUAUACCGUUUCAAAAUACAUUCCCUUCUAUCGCGACAACCACGGGCAGUUCGACCUUGCAAGGAUUUACAGUGGCCGUAUAUGAGAUUGGAUGCGCAUUUGGUGCCCUAACUGUCAUAUUUGGUGGCGAUCGGUUCGGCAGACGAACGACUGUGAUCUAUGGACAGUUCGGCGUUGCCCUUGCCUAUUGGGUUGAUUUUGGCCUCAAUGAAUCCUCGUUGACAGGAAACACGGAUUGGUCAUGGAGAUUUCCGUUAUCUCUUCAAGUGCUUUUCUCCGCCUUAACCAUUUUCUUAGCAAGUUUCAUUCCAGAUUCACCACGAGCAUUGGUUAAGCAAGGUCGCAUAGAAGAGGCCCGAGAUGUGAUUGAUAUGUUAUCACUGGAAGCAGACCCUUCGAAGAGGGAAGAUGCCACGAACGUUCAUAUGUCUGCCAUCGAGACAAUCCUUGCAGAAGAAGCCGAGAGCAACUCUAGCUGGAGCGAUAUUACUACCCAGGGCCGACCCAAAUUUUUCCAACGGUUGGUGCUGGCUGUUUUAUCACUGAGUAUGAUGCAAUUAAGCGGUAUAAACCUGAUUACUUACUAUGCGUGA